AUGCACGGCCUCAUAGUGUUGAUCCUGGUCGAGUCCCGGUCAGCAGUGCUGUUCCCCAGGCCUGUCAGGCUCUCUUGGCUGCUCCUGACCAUCACCUUCACCUGCACAGCCAUGGGCUGCAUCCAGAGCAUAGCCUGUAACAAGUCACGCAUCAAACGAGAGAACAUCGUGGUGUACGACCUGUCCGCCACCAUAGACCACUGUCCGACUGUCAUUGAGGAGAACUCGCCCAUAGUGCUUCGGUACAAGACGCCCUAUUUCAAAGCCUCGGCGCGGAUUGUGAUGCCCCCUAUUCCGCGCAAUGAGACAUGGGUGGUGGGCUGGAUCCAGGCGUGCACCCAGAUGGAAUUUUACAACACCUACGGAGACGUCGGCAUGUCGAGCUGGGAGCUGCCUCAGCUACGAGAAGGUCUGGUGAGGGCCAUCAGCGACUCAGACGGCGUGAGCUACCCCUGGUACGGAAACACAACAGAGACGGUGACCAUCGUGGGCCCCACCUCCAAGCCAUCGCGCUUCAUUGUUAGCAUGAAUGACAAUUUUUACCCCAGCGUCACCUGGGCUGUGCCGGUCAGUGAAUCCAACACACCCUUACUGACUAACAUCAAAAGGGACCAGAGCUUCACCACCUGGCUGGUGGCGCUCAACACCACGUCCAGGGAAAAGAUCCUGCUCCACACCAUCAAGUGGAGGAUGAGGGUCGACAUAUCGGUGGAUCCAUCCCUCCCCCUGGGCUCCAGGGCCAGGCUGGUGGGCCGGGUGCACCAGGACCAACCUCGGGUGCUGACCCGCAUGGAACCCAUCCCUCCUAACGCCAUGGGGAGGCCCAACGCCAACGACGCCCAGGUUCUGAUGUGGAGGCCGAGGAGAGGGCCUCCGCUUGUCGUCAUACCGCCCAAGUAG